AUGGUGAAAUCUACCCAGAUAGCAAGGCUCGAUGGUAUUGUUAACACCACUAUUCAUGCGUCCUAUUCACCAGGACAGGGCCCCGCUGACAGUGACACGGUGACAAUAGGGCUCAUGCUGGCCGCUUCAGUCGACGAUGAACAGGUCGAGACGGAGCUCGCCGAGGUCAAGUCACAAGCAAAGAUGAUCUUCAGACGCCUCAACCGAAACUCCGAGCAACAAGCCAGUAUCGAGUCGGGACAAUACACACUCCACUACCUCAUCAAGGACUCAGUCUGCUUUCUGUGCAUCUGCGACCGUUCGUACCCUCGAAAAUUGGCCUUUACCUACCUCUCAGACCUGGCGCAAGAGUUCACCACGAUAUACCCGUCGCAGCAAUACCUGUCGGCGACGCUACGGCCGUACGCGUUUGUCGAGUUCGACACAUACAUCCAGCGCACGAAGAAGGUGUACCAGGACAGUCGGGCGAGCGCGAACCUGGACAAGUUGAACGAUGAACUCAAGGAUGUGACGAAAGUCAUGACAAAGAACAUUGAGGAUCUGCUGUACCGUGGAGAUAGUUUGGAGAGGAUGGGUGAGAUGAGUGGACGGUUACGAGAGGACAGCAAAAAAUACAGAAAGGCAGCCGUGCGGAUAAAUUGGGAGUUGAUGUUGAAACAGGUUGGUCUUGUUGCCCCUCCUCCUUUCUUCUCUCUUUUGCUACAGAAAGGGGACGCAUGCUGUGGUACGAAAUGUGUGCGCUGA